GCGAGAGGCUGCCCGCGGCGCCUCCAGUUCCUUCCCCGGUUCCCAAGGUCUCCACCCGAGGUCCCCACCGUCUCCCCGCGGUCGGCGGCACUCGGCGGGGCGCUCCCGGCGGUGCGCUCAGGGCGCGCCGGGAGGAAACCCACGCAGGGCUUGGCAAGCGCAGGGCUGAGGGCCGCGUGGAAGUUUCCCCGAGAUUUCAAGUUGGAGAAUAUUUUAGGUCAUAAUAUGAAAAUGCUGCUGAUUUUGUUCCUCAUAAUAAUUUGUUCCCAUGUCUCUCUGAACAAAGAUCCCGGCCCUGAGUAUGCAGAUGUCGUGUUUCUGGUGGACAGCUCUGAUCACCUGGGAACUAAGUCCUUCCCACUUGUGAAAGCAUUCAUCAACAAAAUGAUCAGCAGUCUGCCCAUAGCGGCCCACAAGUACCGCGUGGCCCUGGGCCAGUACAGUGACCAGCUCCACAGUGAGUUCCAGCUGAGCACCUUCAAGAGCAGGAACCCCAUGCUGAACCACCUCAAGAAGAACUUCAGCUUCACUGGCGGCUCCCUGAGGAUCGGCAACGCUCUCCGGGAGGCACAUGGGACCUACUUCUCUGCACCGGCCAGCAGGAGGGACAGGAAGCAGUUUCCCCCGAUUCUGGUGGUCCUGGCUUCCGCGGAGUCUGAGGAUGACGUGGAAGAGGCCUCCAAGGCCCUGCGGGAAGACGGGGUGAGGAUCGUCUCUGUGGGGCUGCAGGAUGCUUCUGAGGAGGAGCUGAAGGCCAUGGCCACCGCUCAGUUCCAUAUCAAGCUCCGGUCGGUCAGGGACCUUGGCGCGUUUUCCCAAAACAUGACACAGAUCAUCAAGGACGCCACCCAGUACAGGGAUGGAGCAGCCGAUGAUAUUCUUGUAGAAGUUUGCCAAGGCCCGUCUGUGGCUGAUGUGGUGUUCCUGCUGGAUGUGUCUGUCAAUGGCAGCCAGGAGAACUUUGAAUAUCUUAAGGAAUUCCUGGAAGAGAGUGUAUCUGCUCUUGACAUAAAGGAAAACUGCAUGAGGGUUGGCCUCGUGACCUACAGCAAUGAGACGAAGGUGAUAAAUUCACUCAGCAGGGGCUUAAAUAAGUCAGAGGUUCUCCAGAAUAUACAGAACCUCUCUCCCCGGGCUGGGAAGGCUUACACAGGAGCUGCCAUCAGAAAGAUCAGGAAGGAAGUGUUCAGUGCACGCAAUGGCAGUCGGAAGAAUCAGGGGGUGCCCCAGAUUGCCGUGCUGGUGACCCACAGACCCUCAGAGGAUAAUGUGACCAAGGCAGCCGUGAACCUCCGGCGCGAGGGCGUGACCAUUUUCACCAUGGGCGUCGAGGGGGCCAGCGAGAGCCAGCUAGAAAAGAUCGCCUCUCACCCCUCCGAGCAGCACGUGUCCAAACUGAAAACCUUCUCCGACCUGGCCGCUCACAACCAGACGUUUCUGAAGAAGCUGCGGAACCAGAUAACGCACACGGUCUCUGUUUUUUCAGAGCGCACUGAAACUCUCAAAUCCGGUUGUGUGGAUACUGAAGAAGCAGACAUUUAUCUGCUCAUUGAUGGCUCUGGAAGCACCCAGGCCACAGACUUCCACGAAAUGAAGACCUUCCUGUCAGAGGUGGUAGGGAUGUUCAACAUCGCUCCCCAAAAGGUGCGGGUUGGGGCUGUCCAGUAUGCUGACAGCUGGGACUUGGAAUUUGAGAUCAAUAAAUACACUAACAAGCACGACUUGGGAAAGGCCAUCGAGAACAUCCGGCAGAUGGGUGGGAACACAAACACAGGGGCAGCCCUGAAUUUCACACUAGGGCUCUUACAAAAAGCGAAGAAGCAGCGAGGAAACCGAGUGCCUUGUCAUCUUGUUGUCCUGACGAAUGGCAUGUCCAAGGAUAGCAUCUUGGAGCCUUCGAACAGACUGAGAGAAGAGCUCAUUCGUGUUUAUGCCAUUGGGGUCAAGGAGGCCAACCAAACACAGCUGCGAGAAAUUGCAGGCAAGGAGAAGAGGGUAUACUACGUGCAUGACUUUGAUGCUUUGAAAGACAUAAGAAACCAAGUUGUUCAAGAAAUCUGUGCUGAAGAAGCCUGCAAAGAGAUGAAAGCGGACAUCGUGUUUCUGGUGGACAGUUCUGGCAGUAUAGGACUUGAAAAUUUCAUCAAAAUGAAAACAUUUAUGAAAAACCUGGUGAGCAAAUCUCAGAUUGGGGCAGAUCGAGUACAAAUCGGUGUAGUCCAGUUCAGUGACAUCAAUAAGGAGGAAUUUCAGCUCAACAGAUAUAUGUCCCAAAAUGACAUUUCAGAUGCAAUAGACCGGAUGAUGCACAUUGGAGAAACCACCUUGACUGGUAGUGCCCUGACCUUUGUGUCUCAGUACUUCAGCCCUGCCAAGGGGGCCCGGCCCAAUGUCAGAAAGUUUCUCAUCCUUAUCACUGACGGUGAAGCUCAGGACAUAGUCAAGGACCCAGCAGUAGCACUUCGACAAGAAGGCAUAAUUAUCUACUCUGUGGGGGUGUUUGGUUCCAAUGUCACCCAGCUUGAGGAAAUCAGCGGGAGGCCAGAGAUGGUUUUUUAUGUUGAGAAUUUUGAUAUCCUGCAGCACAUUGAAGAUGAUCUUGUUUUUGGAAUAUGCAGCCCCCGUGAAGAAUGCAAGAGGAUAGAAGUUUUGGAUGUUGUGUUUGUAAUUGACAGCUCUGGAAGCAUUGACCAUGAUGAAUAUAGUAUCAUGAAAGACUUUAUGGUUGACUUGGUGAAAAAAGCUGAUGUUGGCAAGAAUCAGGUCCGGUUUGGGGCUCUGAAGUAUGCUGAUGACCCAGAGGUGCUGUUUUAUCUGGGUGACCUUGGCACAAAAUGGGAGGUGAUUUCGGUGCUCCAGAAGGACCAGCCCAUGGGGGGCAAUACUUACACCGCCGAGGCCUUAGGCUUCUCAGACCACAUGUUCACUGAAGCCGGGGGCAGCCGUCUGCACAAAGGGGUCCCCCAAGUCCUCAUUGUGAUCACCGAUGGGGAAUCCCACGAUGCUGAUAAGCUCAAUGCCACAGCCAAGGCCUUGAGGGACAAAGGCAUUCUUGUCCUGGCCGUGGGGAUUGCUGGUGCUAAUCCCGUGGAGCUGCUAGCCAUGGCAGGAUCGAGUGACAAAUACUUCUUUGUGGAGACGUUUGGAGGCCUGAAGGGAAUAUUUUCAGAUGUGUCAGCCAGCGUAUGUAACUCUUCAAAAGUAGAUUGUGAAAUUGAAAAAGUAGAUCUUGUUUUCCUCAUGGAUGGUUCAAAUAGCAUUCAUCCAGAUGACUUCAAGAAGAUGAAGGAAUUCCUGGCAUCUGUUGUUCAAGACUUUGAUGUCAGUGUCAACAGAGUACGUAUAGGUGCUGCUCAGUUUAGCCAUACCUAUCGGCCAGAAUUUCCACUGGGUACUUUCAUAGGCAAAGAGGAGAUAUCAUUUCAGAUUGGAAACAUCCAGCAGAUCUUUGGAUACACACACAUUGGCGCUGCACUCCGGCACGUGGGGCAUUACUUCCAGCCAGACAUGGGCAGCCGCAUAAAUGCAGGUACCCCGCAGGUGUUGCUGGUCCUCACAGAUGGCCAGUCCCAAGAUGAGGUGGCCCAGGCUGCUGAAGACCUGAGACACAAAGGUAUUGACAUUUACUCUGUGGGCAUUGGGGACGUGGAUGAUCAGCAGCUCAUUCAGAUCACCGGGACUGCAGAUAAGAAGCUAACGGUUCAUAACUUUGAUGAACUGACAAAGGUCAAAAAAAGGAUAGUUCGCAACAUCUGUACCUCGGGGGGUGAGAGCAAUUGUUUUGUGGACAUUGUGGUGGGAUUUGACAUCUCAACUCAUGAAAAAGGGCAGACUUUGCUUGAAGGUCAGUCUUGGAUAGAAACCUACCUUCAAGACCUCUUACGUACCAUCAGCUCCCUCAAUGGGGUAAGCUGUGAGGUGGGCACAGAGACUCAAGUUAGCGUGGCUUUUCAAGUGACCAAUGCCAUGAAAAAAUAUUCACCCAAGUUUGAGAUCUAUAGUGAAAACAUACUGAACAGCUUGAAGGAUGUAACAGUUAAAGGACCAUCUCUUCUCAACGCAAACCUCUUGAGUUCUCUAUGGGAUGCAUUUCAGAAUAAAUCAGCUGCUCGAGGAAAGGUGGUUCUCUUAUUUUCAGAUGGAUUGGAUGAUGACAUCGAAAAGCUUGAACAAAAAUCUGAUGAACUUAGAAAAGAAGGCCUGAAUGCCUUCAUAACUGUUGCUCUGGAUGGAGCCACCGAUUCAAGUGACCUGGCUGAUCUUCUCUACAUUGAAUUCGGGAAAGGGUUUGAGUACAGGAUCCAGCUCACUAUUGGAAUGAGGGACCUUGGGAGCCGACUGUCAAAGCAACUGGUUAAUGUUGCUGAAAGGACGUGCUGCUGUUUAUUCUGCAAGUGCAUUGGAGGGGAUGGCAUAAUGGGGGAUCCUGGACCACCGGGGAAAAAGGGAUUCCCAGGUUUUAAAGGCAGUGAGGGCUAUCUGGGAGAGGAAGGUGUUGCUGGGACUCAAAUCACUGCCAUUUCCCCCUUCCUGAUCCAUUUUGCACAGGGAGACAGAGGAACCAAUGGACCAGUGGGAGAGCAAGGUACUAAGGGAUGCCAUGGUGCCAAAGGUCCUAAGGGAAACAGGGGACUAAAUGGACAGGAGGGAGAACUUGGAGGAAGUGGAAUUGGCGGAUUAAAUGGAGAACAGGGUGAGAGUGGUCUUCCCGGAGAAAAAGGAGAAAAGGGUGAUGAAGGAUCCCAGGGAAGCCCAGGAAAGCGAGGGGUUUCUGGUGACCAAGGUGCAAAGGGCCAGCGAGGAGACCCUGGAGUUCCUGGAUUUGACAAUACCAUAGAAGGACCUAAGGGCUUGAAAGGAGAACGUGGAAGACAAGGUGGAAGAGGCUGGCCAGGCCCCCCUGGAACACCAGGCUCCAGAAGAAAGACAGCAGCUCAUGGCCGAAGAGGACAUACAGGCCCACAGGGGAAAACAGGCAUCCCAGGCCCAGAUGGACUUGAAGGCUCAUGGGGACUUAAGGGCCCUCAGGGUCCCAGAGGAGAGACUGGUAUGAAAGGCGAGAAAGGAGGUCUGGGAAGUAAAGGUCCUCAGGGGCCUCCAGGACCAGGAGGAGAAGCAGGGAGUCCAGGCCAUUUGGGAAGCCAAGGAAAUAAAGGAGAACCUGGAGAUUUGGGAGAAAAAGGAGCUAUUGGCCUCCUGGGUCCUCGAGGCUUGCCGGGUGGUGAUGGCAACCCAGGUUAUGGUAGCAUUGGAAGUAAAGGAGCAAAGGGGCAAGAAGGAUUUCCUGGAGAAAGUGGACCUAAGGGUGAGAUUGGGGACCCUGGGGGUCCAGGAGAAACUGGACCCAAGGGAGCUAGAGGCAAGACGAUAUCCACUGGGCCUCCAGGAGAGAUGGGAUCCCCUGGGGAGCCAGGACCUCCUGGACGCAAGGGUGUGAAAGGGGCCAGAGGAUUGGCUUCAUUUUCUAUGUGUGAGCUCAUUCAGUAUGUACGGGACCAUAGCCCUGGCGGACAUGGUGAGUAAUCUUUAUUUACAGCAAGUUAUAAUCAAGCUCCAAAAUGUCCUACAUCUGGAAAGAGGAGUCAAAACAAUGUGUUGCCUGCCAAAUAAUAUAAAUUUUAUCUGAGCUGUCUUUGCUGCCUCAUACUGGUAGCACAGACCUGCCUCCAAUAAAUCACUCUGCUUUAGCUGAGUCUCACAGCUGUUUCUCAACCAAGUAGUUUGAUUUUUUUAUUAAUAUUUUAAUGACUAACAUUAUACUAUUUAUGUUACCAUUAGGUCUUUUGUAAUAAUAUGUCUCCUUCCCUUCAUUUUCUCUAUUGUCUCUGUAGUCUAGUGGUUAAGAAUUUAGAUGUAACAGCAGUUACCCUCUUACACCUUUAUACCCUAUACCUUUUGUCUAAACCCAUCAAUCCAUGCCCUCUGGUUGCAUCUUCACUCACUCAACAAAUAUUUAUUGAAAGCAUAUUAUGUACUAGGCACUGGGGAACAGGGCUGAAUAAGAUGGACAUAAUUCUUUUCUUCAGAAGCUUCCAUUCCAGCAGAGGAUCCAGAUGAUAAACACGUCAAAGAAAUACAGAAUCCUAUAGUUGCUGUGAAAGAGAUAAAGAAUAGGAUGCUCUGUCACAGAAUAAUGUUAGGGGAGGGGAGAGUUGCUUUAGGAUGGAGGGCUCCUCUUUGAGGCAGUGACAUUAGAGUUUGGACUGAAGAAUAAAAAGAAGCCAGCUUUACAAGAGCCAGGAGAAAGAGGAGCAAGUGCAAUGGCCAUGAUACAAGACAGACAUAGGCAUUUCCUGGGAACUGGUGCAAGUCCAGUGAGGGAAGGGGAGAUUGGCUUGUGAAAAAAUGAAGCAAGCAGAAGCCAGGUCAAGCUGAACUUUUUAGAUUCAAAUAGGGAGGGUGGAUUGUAUUCAAAUUGGAAUGAGAGGGUAUUGAAGAGUUUAUCCAAAGUAUUGAAGGAAGAACAUGAGCUGAUGAAGGAUUUUUUUUUUUAAAGAUUUUAUUUAUUUAUUUGACAGAGAGAGACACAGUGAGAGAGGCAACACAAGCAGGGGGAGUGGGAGAGGGAGAAGCAGGCUUCCCGCCGAGCAGGGAGCCUGAUGCGGGGCUCGAUCCCAGGACCCUGGGAUCAUGACCUGAGCCAAAGGCAGACGCUUAAUGACUGAGCCACCCAGGCGCCCCUGAUGAAGGAUUUUUGAACACUUAUUUGGGCUACUAUGGAAGAGUAGACUGUAGGGGAGGAUAAGUUUAAAGGCCAGACGACUAGUUAGGAGGGUGUGGUGGUAUUCCAGACAAAUGUGGUGGUGGCCUCGAGGGCUGCCACUGCUGAGCCUUAGGUACAUGUCAGUGGCUUCUCUUUCCCUGUCCUUGUCAUCACCUGCUCUGUGCCAAGCAGUAGCCAUCAGCAUACGGUAUAUGGCCACAGAGCCAUACGAGGUCUCUGUGUGGUCAUCUGUGCCUUGAGGAGGGCCUCCUACGUACCACCACAAGCCAGCGCAGCGUUCUUCAGAAUCUUCUGGUUUCCUGGCAGCUUGCUGGAUUUCAGAACAUGUAUUUUGCAAGUUGAAUUACCUUUUAGGUAUUUUUUCCUGAAAACGUGGAUUUUUUCAUAGUUCAGCCAGUGCUGUGAGUCUUUUUUCCCUUUAUCUCUAAAUUGCACCUGAAGCGGCAUUAUUGUUGUGUUGUUCCCAUAUGCAAAUCACAGCCCAAACAAAAAGCUGGCAGAACCACUUUCAUGUUUAGUCAUACUUCCACCCUUUAUUGUAAAGUUGACAUGACCUCAAUUUUUUUUUUAACAUCUGCUCAGCCUUCUAAGUUAGACUCAGAGGCUAAUAAUAACUUAUGUCCUGUCUCCACUGAGAAGCACAGUUUGGUUUGAGGUUAAAUGUUUAUUCUUACUGGUCCAUUAGCCUAUUGGGUCACAGAGUCCAGGACCAGAAGGAGAUAAUCAUCUAGCACCAAGACGGGACGGAAGCACAGCUGGUCACAGCAGAGGACUCACUCCUUGACCAGCCCAGGCCAGCCCCAACAAAUCUGAGUUUCUGAGUUCUCAUAAAGAGCUGAUAGGCCUCAAGCUGCUUUUAUUAUCUCUGAUUCUGACUUGCUGGCAUCUGAAUGAGAGGAGGCACCCCUCCAAGAGAAGUGCAUCAUUGAGAUUUUCUUUUACCAACCUACAUUUCAAUACCAGGAAUCUCCCCCAUUUUAAAAGUUUUGUUCUUCCUGUACCUGCUGCAAAAGAACUGUCCUUUGUUUGCUGCUUCAUUCAGUCAACAUUUACUAGAACCCUGAUAAAUGGCAGGAAGUAAUAAUCUGGCAGAUCAGGAGAGACACAGUCCCUGUCUUCACACUUCAUGGAGAGGAAAACAUUAAUCAGAUAAUCAGACAAAUAAGGUGCCAACUGUGAUAAAUGCAGGGUACCGGGAUUAAAAUGAAUGAAUUGGGUUCCAGAAAUAAAUCUGAAAUUAACAUUUAACGUUCAAGUUUAACAAUUCAGUUUCUCUAUGUAAUAGGUAUAUUUAUUGGUUAAAUUUGCCUUUUUAACUGUUAAAUAAAAAUAUAUCCCUGAAAGCUUUCCUCAUUCUUUUAAGUGAUAUAGUUCUCACAAUGAAAAAGUCUGUAAUAAUAAUUGUAAUAGUAAUGGCUGAUAUUAACUGAGCACCUGUCAUGUGCCAGGCCCUGUUGUCCUAAGUGCUUUGCCUGUGUUGGUUCACUGAAUCCUCAAUACAGGGCUUUGCAGUGGCUGAUCUUAGGACUGGCAUUUUACAGAUGAGCAAAAUGAGGCCCAGAGAAGAUAAGUCGCUGGGACAAGGUCACAUGGCUAGUGCAGAAUCAGGUCAGGUCUCUAACACGUCUCUGCAGCACCUAUUCUCCACAUCUGAUGCGUUGUUCUAUAUACUGCACAUCCAUUCUCUUCUUAAUGUCUCUGAAGUCAUUAACAGAGCUUUUGGACCCAUUCCUUCCUUAACUCCUGUUACAUUUCCUUAUUAAGUAAAAACAUGUAUGUUUUAGUUUAGCUAACGGUAUAAAGUUCCAGCAAUAAACAUAAUACCAGUGACCCAAUUUCUGUAAGUAAAAAGGCAUAUCCAUGAGCUUUUGAUUACUUAGAAGGAAUUCGGUCAUUAACUUACAAAUUUCAUAAAAACUCAAAUUGAAUGAUACUUUCUCUUGGGCUUUAUGUAAAAAAGCAAAUUCAAUUUUUAAAAUAGCAUUUUCAUGCAAGAUUUAAACGUUUAAUGUUUCAACUGCUCAUUUUAGCAUUUAAUGCUUAUUUAAAUAUUUGCAUAUUUAACAUUUAAAAUUACUUUGCCCUCUAUCCUUUUAUUUUUUUUUUUUAAGAUUUAUUUAUUUGAGAGAGAGAAUGAGAUAGCAUGAGAGUGGGGAGGGUCAGAGGGAGAGGCGGACUCCCCGCUGAGCAGGGAGCCCGAUGCGGGACUCGAUCCGGGGACUCCAGGAUCAUGACCUGAGCCGAAGGCAGUCGCUUAACCAACUGAGCCACCCAGGCGCCCUCUAUGUAUCUUUAAAAAAAAAAAAAAUUUUUUUUU